CCUCGCCCCCGCCCGCCCGCUCGGGCCAAAGGCAGCGGGCCAUCUCCGCGGCCGGAGCAGCUGCUGAUCCCUUCCAGGCGGCGGGGAGAUCCAGAGAGAGACAUCGAUCGCGCGCACCUUUUCCCCGCACCAGCGGCAGCAGCAGCAGCAGCGCAGACUCUGGAAGCCCCCAAGCUCUCAACCGCUGGGAAUCAUGGACCAGGCAACGUGGCAGCCCGCCAGGAGAGCGACGGAUGAGGAGGGCGGCCUGGGCAAGCGAGGAGGCCACGUCGUCGGGCGUUCGGGGGAUCCUCGGACUUUGUGGGCCCCCCACGGCGGCCACUUGGAGGGGAAGGACGGCGAACUCCGGCUGAUCCUGGUGGGGAAGACUGGAGGCGGGAAGAGCGCCACGGGCAACAGCAUCCUUGGCCGGAGGGAGUUUGAGUCCAUCCUGGGGCCAAAGACCACCACCCUGAGGUGCCAAAGGGGUCAAGGAAGAUGGCAGGGCAGGAAGAUCUCAGUGGUCGACACGCCCGGCAUGUUUGAUUCUGAAAAUUACAACGAGUUUGUGCGACGCGAGAUCAUAUCUUGCGUCGACUUCUCCCGGCCUGGCCCGCACGCCCUUAUUUUGGUCACCCAGGUGGGCCGCUUCACCGCAGAAGACGCGGCUGCUGCAAACUGUGUCUCGGAUAUCUUUGGGCCCAAGUCUGCCCGGCACAUGAUUGUCCUCUUCACCUGCCUGGAGGAUUUGGGAUGGGCCUCCCUGCAGGAGUAUGUCCAAAUGUCCGACAACCGGAAUCUGCAGGAUCUGAUCCGGCGGUGCGAGAACCGCUUCUGCGGCUUCAACAACAAGGCUGCCGGAGCAGAGCGGGAGAGGCAGGUCAUGGAGCUGAUGGAGACGGUGCAGAGAACCGUUUUCCAGAACGGGGGGAGAUGCUACGUCAACCGGCUGUACGAGGAGCCCAACUUACGGGAUGAGCACGUCCAAUCUUUCGUGGCCAAGAACAAAAGAGAGAGGGCAUGGGUACUCCAGGCACCUUGGAGUUCCACAAAGAGUCGAGCAUGGAUUGGGUGGUAUUGCUUGGUGGUGUUUGUGGUGGGGAUCGUCCUUGUCUACCUUUUUUUCUGAGUGCUUUGCAAAGUUUUGGAGGGAGGGGAAGAGACGUUGUUGGUGACUGAGUGGCUUGUGUGGACUUGCCCAGAUUGCAGUGAACUUGCCAUACCUGGGGAGGGCGGGAGGGGACCGCUGGGGUGCUAGGAGAGCCAAGGUUCCCUUCACAGCCCAGCGUCUCCCUAGUUCCUUCCCUGUCUCCAGGCCAGGGGGUAGCACAGCCUUCUCUCUCUCUCUCUCCUCUUUCUCUCCUCUCCUCUCUUCUCUCUCUCCUCUCCCUCUCUCUCUCUCUC